AUGAAGGCCUCUUUCAUCGCUGCCGUCGCCGCCAUGGCCGGCUCUGCUUUCGCUGCCCCUACCCCCACCAACGGCCUCGAGUCCCUCCUCGACAACCUCCACAUUGGUGAUAUCUUCUCUGAGCUCCACCUCAACGAGCUUCCCAAGGUCCUGACCGCCGGUGAGCUCGCCAAGGCUGUCAACAAGCCCAUGCCCUCCGCCAGUGCCGUCCCCGCUGUCCAGGAUGGCCACAUCGUCCAGAACCUCGGUCCCCAGCUCGACAACAUCCUGACCGUCACCGGUCCUGAUGUCGGCACCCUGCUCAUUGAGCUCUCCCCCGAGGUCACUGCCCUCGUCUCCGGCCUUGGUCUCCCUGGCCUCGGUGUUCCUCUUGGUUCCAUUGUCGCCUCCGCCUCCGGUCUCGGUGGCCUCGUCACUGCCCUCGGCAAGCCCGUUGAUGGUCUCGUCACCGUUGUUGGUGCUGAUGUCGGUGCUCUCCUGAUUGAGCUCUCCGCUCCCGUUGCUGCUCUCGUCUCUGGUCUCGGUCUCCCCGGUGUCGGCGUUCCCCUUGGUACCGUUGUUGCCACCGUUGGCAAGAACCUCAAGCGUGGUGAGAUCGUCAACGACGUCGCUCCCUCCGUCAAGUCCACCCUGACCGUCACCGGUGCCAACGCCAAGCAGCUCCUCCUUGAGCUCUCCCCCGAGGUCACUGCUCUCGUCUCCGGCCUCGGUCUCGGCUCCAUCGCCGGCCCCGUUGGCUCCAUCAUCAAGGAGGCUGCCUCCGUCGGUGACCUCCUCAAGGAUGUCUCCGAGCCCGUUGACCAGCUCCUCCACGUUGUCAACGACGAUGGCAAGCACCUCCUCAUCAAGCUCUCUCCCUCCGUCGCUGCCCUCGUCGCUGGCCUCGGUCUCCCCCAGGUCGGCACCCCCGUCGGCACUAUCGUCGCCACCGUUGGCAACAACCUGUAA